UUAGCAUGAACAAAACAAUGCCCUGCAACGAGAUAUGUGUGUUGUGAACUAGACAAGGUGAUCUGGGCAGGUAGAGGACAGACACGCGGAGUUUAUUGGCUGCUCGGGACAAAAGGCCCAGAAAGAGGCUUUACCUGUAAGGUGGAGUGGAGGAGAGGCACUCGCGCACCGAGGGGCAGGCAGAAAACAGGCGAGAAAAGUCGCCUUACCUGUAGCCCAACUUCUCUCUGCUGCCGCUCGGAGCUGCUCCGACUUGAAAGUCCAGUUUCACAAGGAAGAACCGCGGAGGAAGCGAAAUAUGUCACAGGAGACAGACAAUAAGCGCCUGGUGGUGGUGGUGCCCAACGAGAGCUCGUUUCAAGCCAUGCGUUACACCAGCGAAGACGAGGCAUGGCGUUCCUACCUGGAGAACCCGCUGACCGCUGCUACCAAAGCCAUGAUGACCAUCACCGGGGACGAGGACAGCGCCAAUGCACUCACUCUGCUCUAUGACUACUACAAGGUGCCCAAAGAGAAGAGGAUUCUGCCAGUUGCCAAAGUGGUGGAAGUCUCCGAGGAGCAGGAGAAGAGGCUACCAUCAAACUCCAGUGAAAACAACUGUGGCGAAACUGUUGACAAUCGAGUCCAAGUGCUGAAAUCAGUCCCGGUGAAUCUGUCUCUCAAUAUGGAGCACCAAGAAACUGCCACCAAACGGGACCAGUUCAGCAGCUCAUCUUCAUCGGGCCAGGCAGGUGCCCAGGGGGCUACAGGACCCACAGACCCAGCCCCUGCACCCGUCCCAGUGGUGAAAGCAGAGGUCUUCACACCUCUGUACAUGGCACCCACGGGGCACCACUACCGGGUCGAGGGGGAGGAGGCAGCCAGGGUCAUCUAUGAACCAAACCCCUAUGAAGUCACCGCAGUCAGUCACAGCUCCUACGUGAAAGACAACCAGCAGAGUCCACCGGAUAGUCCGUACGAGGAGGAGCGGAACGGGAAGUACCACCUACCUUCCUCUAUGGCCACAGAUGACUUCUUAUUUCACCAGGAAGGAGUAGACAGUUUCCAGUACACAUUGGACGCCUCUCGGUCCCUCCGGCAGAAACAGGGCGAGGGACCCAUGACGUAUUUAAACAAGGGACAGUUUUAUGCCGUGACCCUGAAUGAGCUCAGUGCCAACAAACGACUGCGCCACCCCAUCAGCAAAGUUCGAAGUGUAAUCAUGGUGGUUUUCAGUGAAGAUAAAAACCGAGAUGAACAGCUAAAAUACUGGAAAUACUGGCACUCGAGGCAGCACACGGCCAAACAAAGGGUCCUUGACAUUGCUGAUUACAAAGAGAGCUUCAAUACGAUCGGGAACAUAGAAGAAAUAGCUUACAACGCCAUCUCCUUUACCUGGGACGUCAAUGAAGAGGCUAAGAUUUUCAUCACUGUGAAUUGCCUGAGCACUGACUUCUCAUCUCAAAAAGGAGUGAAGGGUCUUCCUCUCAUGAUCCAGAUCGAUACUUACAGUUACAACAACCGCAGCAACAAACCCCUGCACCGAGCGUACCUGCAGAUCAAAGUCUUCUGUGACAAGGGAGCAGAAAGAAAAAUAAGAGAUGAAGAGAGGAAACUGUUUCGCAAGAAGUCCAAAGGGAAGGAUGGAGGCGUAGGUGUAAUAACUGUUCCAAAAAAGUCUGACAACACUUAUUUCAAAACAAUGACUGAUCUCGAAGCUCAGCCGGUUCUGUUCAUCCCCGACGUUCACUUUGGAAACUUGCAGAGGGCUGGACAGGUGUUUACCUUCAACACAGAGGAGAUCGACAGAGAAGGAAGUGUUUUGGUGAAGAGGAUGUUCAGGUCGUCUGAGGAAGAUCUGUGUCCAUCACCUCACAAGCAAAUGAAAGAGGACACACACAAGAAAGUGUUGUUGUACGUGAGGAAGGAGGCUGACGAGGUUUUUGACGCGCUGAUGCUCAAGGCUCCAACUCUGAGAGGCCUAAUGGACGCGAUAUCAGAAAAGUACGGCGUGCCAACAGAGCGGAUAGUGAAAGUCUACAAGAAGAGCAAGAAAGGGAUCUUGGUCAACAUGGAUGACAACAUCGUGGAGCAUUACUCAAAUGAAGACACCUUUAUCCUCAACAUCGAAAGCUGUGCGAAUGACUUCAAAAUCACGCUCCAGGAAAUUUGACGGACCGGGUCUCUGCGUCGGGGCAAAAAUGUGAAUUGAACGAUCUGUUUUUGAGGCUGCUAUUGGCUCAUGAGCUGACAAUGCUAAGGGACAGUUCUAUAGCGGCGAACUACUGUAUUGGACCACACACCUCAUUCCUCUCAUCUGUUACACUAUGAAGCACAUUUUAGAAGACAAACAUUUCAGACCAAAAAUAUGUUGUUUAUGUAAUACGCCAAAGCAUUUCAAUUGUAUAAAUAAUUGUCUUUUUGUACAGUUUUUGCCAAAUGUACUUCAGGAGUAGCUCGAACUAGAUGGUCCUUAACAUAGCAGCUCCUUUUGCAUGCAAACUCUUAUUUUUGUCCGUAGUUAUUAUUUAUUAUUAUUAAUGUAAGAUUAUUUUAACAUUUUAUCCUAAAGAUUUCACAUACUUUGUCUUAACAUUUCAGUGGCACGUUUUCAUUGUCACAAGUAAAAAGUACUCAUAUUGUAAUUGUAAUUAUGCAUAAACAUUUUAAGUGCCUACAACUGUACUGUGGAGUGGACCAAUUCAAAACAGAAAUUAUGGCACUUGUUCAUCAUGUAGGCCUCUUGUAUAGAUGUGUAAAAUGAAUUAAA